UGAUGCCUCCAAAAAGAAAUGACAAAUACAAACUUCCUAUUCCCCUUCCAGAAGGCCAGGUUCUGAAUGAUACAGAAGGCAAACGAUGGAUGCUUGGGAAGAUGAUUGGCUCUGGAGGAUUCGGAUUGGUGUAUUUAGCAUUCCCUACAAAUAAACCAGAUGAAGAUGCAAAACAUGUAAUUAAGGUGGAAUAUCAAGAAAAUGGUCCAUUAUUUUCAGAACUUAAAUUUUAUCAGAGAGCUGCAAAAAAAGACUGGAUCCAAAGAUGGAUAGCACUCAAGCAUCUGGAUUAUUUAGGAAUUCCUCAAUUUUGUGGAUCUGGUCUGACUACAUAUAAUGGAAGAAGUUACAGAUUUAUGGUAAUGGAAAGACUGGGAAUAGAUUUACAGAAGAUCUCAGACCAGAAUGGAACUUUUAAAAAAUCAACUGUCCUGCAGUUAGGUGUCCGCAUGUUGGAUGUACUGGAGUAUAUACAUGAAAAUGAAUAUAUUCAUGGCGAUAUAAAAGCUGCAAAUCUACUUUUGGGCUACAAAAAUCCAGAUCAGGUUUAUCUUGCAGACUAUGGACUUUCCUACAGAUAUUGUCCCAAUGGGAACCACAAACAGUAUCAGGAAAAUCCUAGAAAAAGCCAUAAUGGGACAAUGGAGUUUACCAGCUUGGAUGCCCACAAGGGAGUAGCCCUGUCCAGACGAAGUGACCUUGAAAUCCUCGGCUACUGCAUGCUACGGUGGUUAUGUGGGAAACUGCCCUGGGAACGGGACCUGAAGGACCCUGUGGCUGUCCAGACUGCUAAAACAAAUCUGCUGGAUGAGCUCCCCGAGUCUGUGCUUAAAUGGGCUCCUUCUGGAAGCAGCUGCUGUGAAAUAGCUCAGUAUUUGGAAUGCACUUAUAGUUUAGGAUAUGAUGAAAAGCCAAACUAUGAAAAGCUCAAGAAAAUUCUGAACCCUGGUGGAAUACCUUUUGGACCACUGGAAUUUUCCACUCGUGGACAUAGUGUAAACGUGCGUACUCCAAACAAUCAAAACGUUGAUUCACAAAGAAAGGCUGUAACAAAACAAUUCAAUCAGAUGCGAAAUAGGCUAACAGAGAAAACUGCUCCCCAUGCUGAGGCGCGUGCAACACGGAGGCAAGUGGCUAGGGAGGAAGUGCCUUCAUGCCCUUUCCCAGUGUCUAACCAGGAAACUGCUCAGGAAUGUAUAAGAAGACGACAAAAAUAUGAGGCAUAUUUGAAAGAAGUAAAAAGUUUCCUACAAAAAUCUAACUGCACACAAUCCCCACAUUCAUUUUAUAAAUACUAUCAGCAUGAUUUCAGCAGUGCAGACAUAAACAACGAAUCAAGAUCUCCACAUUGGUAUACAGAUGACACUUCCACUGCUGGUGUGGGGGCCACAGAGUUAGACAGUUCUUCCCAGUUUACUUGUAGUGAAGAGACAAAGACAGGUGUGUAUUCUUACAGCCUACUCUUACUUUUUCUUUUGAUGUUAAUAUUUCUUGCUUUAUAUUUUCUCUGA